UUUCUUUCAAUCUCUUUUUUCUUUUUUUUUAUUAUUAUUAUUUGGGUAUCAAACUAUAUUGUGUGUGUGUUUUUUUUUUCAAAUGUCUACUGUCAUCGACUCACAUAUUUUCAAGGAUAUCUUUGGUACUAGUGCCAUGAGAGGUAUUUGGUCUGACGAAACAAGAACCAAUUAUUAUCUUGAAUGGGAAGUGGCAUUGGCCAAAGUACAAAGUGAAUUGGGCAUCAUUCCUGUAGAAGCAUAUGAAGAAAUCAAACGCAAGGCCACCCUGAAGACGAUCGAUAUGGAUGAACUCAAGGCAACUACUGAAUUGAUUGGUUAUCCUGUACUCGGUGUUGUGCGUCAAUUGGUAGCAAAGUGUGAACGUGGACUUGGAGAAUAUUGUCAUUUUGGAGCUACUACUCAAGAUGUUACUGAUUCCGCCACUGUGAUGCAGAUACGGGAUGGUUUGAAUUGGAUUGAUCAUGAACUAGAUCUUCUUAUGAAUGCCGUGACUCAUUUAGCAACAACUUAUCGGGAUGUACCAAUGGUGGCAAGAAGUAAUCUUCAACAAGCAGUUCCUAUUACAUUUGGAUUCAAAAUGGCUAGAUUGUUGGCAACUUUACAAAGACAUAAGAAACGAUUGGAUCAAGUUCGUUCAUCUGUACUUGUACUUGAAUUCGGUGGAGCAGCUGGUACUCUUGCUUCUUUAGGUACUCAAGGUUUGAAAUGUCAAGAAUUGCUUGCAAAAGAACUUGGAUUAGAACAACCGGAAAUUGCCUGGCAUACGGAGCGUGAUAGAAUUGCUGAUGUUGGUUGCUUUUUGGCUAUGUUAUGUGGCACGUUAUCCAAAAAUGCUACAGAUAUCAAAUUGAUGAUGCAAACAGAAGUGGGUGAAGUAUCAGAAAAAUAUAUUCCUCAUCGUGGUUCUAGUUCCACCAUGCCAAACAAAUUCAAUCCUAUUAGUUGUGUCUAUAUUCAUUCUAUGGCAUCUACAGUUCGUCAACAUUCAGCAGCAUUAUUGGAAGCCAUGGUAGCUGAUCAUGAACGUAGUACUGGAAAUUGGGAAAUAGAAUGGAUUGUUCUUCCGGAAGCAUUUAUUUUGACAUCAGGUGUACUCUCACAAAGCAAAUCAUUGAUGGAAGGUUUGACAGUACACCCUCAAAGAAUGACAAGAAAUCUCAACAUGACCAAGGGAUUGAUUGUCUCGGAAGCCGUGAUGAUGGGAUUGGCGGAUGUGUUGGGUAGACAGACAGCACAUGAUAUUGUUUAUGACUUGUGCCGGCAAGCCGUACAAAAGGACUGUAUGUUGAUUGAUUUAUUGAAACAAGACGAACGUGUGAUCAAGGCAACUGAAUUGGCUUGGUUGGAACGAUUGUGUGACCCUACCCAGUACGUGGGUCUGUCAUGUGAUAUGGUUGAUCGAGUGUUGAUGAAAUCUUAAUUUCAGAUUUUUAUAGUCUAGUUUAGUUGCUUUUAGUAGAAUGAAUAAUAAAAAUCAUGUGUUGUCUUCUUUUUA